GUUCUAAUCUUUCCGUGAUAUGUGACUAAUACUCUGCAUUAGUUUUUGUAUUAUUUUAUAACUUAAUUAUUGUCAUUUCACUAAAAUAUAACUUUUGCAUAACCAAAAAUAUACAGGACAGUUUUAAAUAAUAAAAUUUGCUAAGUUUUGAAUAAGCGAAAAAACCGGAAAAUUUGAAUUAAAAAAUAAAAAAUUAUGUAAAUAACUUAUUAUUUAUAUUUUUCGGGUUAUAUUUCCAUUCAUUGUAAUGCAAAUUGAUGGUGAAAAAGUCGAAAAGCUUUAUUAUCAAUAUUCUCGGGUCGCUGAUAGUCAUGAUUUCACAAAUAUAAACUAUUGCUGCCGCGGAAAGAAAAAAAAUUUGAAAUAAAAAUUCAAAUUUCGAUGAUUUUUUAUAUUUUCAAAAUUCAUGAGCGACCACUUGAAAAUUUUUUAUCGUCGAUUUUUAGAGAGGCUUCUUAAACCAUUGUAAGCCAACAAAUUUUUAUAAGAGACUCGAAAAAAAAAAAUAGUCGGUUUUUUUGGGCCACCCUAAUAUAGAUAUACAUUCAACAUUGCGUGAUUCGUUUUGUUCUACCAGGGAGUCCUAUUUUAGAUUUUCUUUAUAUUUAUUUAUAAAUUUCUAUUUAUAUUUACAUAUUAUAAUGCAAGAAAUAUUUAAUAUAAUUUUUCAAAUUACAAAAGAUUCUAUAAAAUAAAAAUCUAUUCGAUCUCUAUCUCUAAUGUCUAAUCCCUUGCAAAUUGCAAUUCACCCCCACCACUCGAGUACCCGACAGGGACAGCCCUAGUUUCAGCAGCUCAGCUGUUAUUUCUACCCAACCACUAAGCGCCACCUGUCAGUAAAAUUUUGAACUUCUAGACUUCUUUCUAUUGAUGGUAAAUAUUUUCCAUUACCGUAACUAGCUUAGAACUUCAGUCCCCUGUCGCUGUUCUACUGCGCUCAUGACAUGUCCACGUACAAUUUGUGCUUUGCAUAUAAUAUACUCAUAUAUAAAUUAUAAAUAGAUAUAUAUAACUGUCAGUGCACGUGUGGCAAAAUAAGCCGAAAUAAAUUAGAUUUAUUUUAUUUAUUUAUUUAUUAUAAAUUACUGUAUUAGGAAAAAUGAGUAAACGUACGCAGCCACUUUGGGAAAAACCCUCGAAUGAAAACAAGCCGAAAUUAAAACUAUUUAAUAGUUUGACGAGACAAAAAGAAGAAUUUGUACCGCAGUAUGGAAAUCGUGUUCUCUGGUAUAGUUGUGGCCCGACUGUUUAUGAUGCAUCACAUAUGGGUCACGCGAGAUCGUACAUCUCUUUCGACAUCUUGCGUCGUGUCCUCUCAGACUACUUCAACUACGACGUGCUCUACGUGAUGAACAUAACCGACAUCGAUGACAAAAUAAUAAAACGCGCUCGUCAAAAUUAUUUAUUUGACUGUUAUCUAGAAAAAAAUUCAUCUAACCUAGAGCAAAUACUCCAAGACACUAACUCAGUAAUGACGAACUUAUCAUCGUCUAUUCACGAUGUUACUGAUCCAGAUAAAAAAACAAUGUUGUCAUCGAUGUUGGAGAAAAUUCGCGGGUCCAUUGAAAAUUUAGAAAAUUCAUUAAAAAAAAAUUCAAAGUCAGACAUUGAAAUUUAUCAGGCCCAAUUAUUGAGCAAUGCACGUGACGCAAUCGCGGAUUGGUUGGAUAAAAAAUUAGGCGCGACGAUUUCUGAUGAAAAUCAUGAAAUUUUUGAAAAAUUGUCACAGCACUGGGAGCUUAAAUUUCACGAGGACAUGGACGCGCUCAAUGUUCUGAGGCCCAAUGUGCUGACGAGGGUCAGUGAGUACGUACCGGAAAUAAUUGAAUUUAUAAAUAAAAUAAUUGACAAUGGACUCGCGUAUGUUUCCAAUGGAUCAGUUUAUUUUGACGUCAAUAAAUUUGACGCUGACAAAAAUCAUUCGUAUGCCAAAUUAGUCCCAGAAGCUUUUGGGGACGUCAGCAGUUUGCACGAAGGCGAAGGUGAUUUAAGUUUGGGUGCUGAUAAGCUUAUGGAGAAAAAGUCACCGAAUGACUUUGCGUUGUGGAAAAGUUCUAAGGCUGGAGAACCUGCUUGGCCGAGUCCUUGGGGCAAAGGGAGACCAGGUUGGCAUAUAGAGUGUUCAGUAAUGGCCAGCGCUAUCUGCGGCUCGAGCAUGGACAUUCACACCGGCGGUGUCGAUUUAAAAUUCCCGCACCACGAUAAUGAAUUAGCUCAAUCAGAAGCUUAUUAUAACAAUGAUAACUGGGUCCGCUACUUUCUGCACUCAGGACACUUGACAAUAGCCGGCUGCAAGAUGUCGAAGUCACUAAAAAAUUUUAUUACUAUCAAUGAGGUCCUGAAGAAACACACCGCGAGACAAUUGAGACUCGCGUUCUUGCUCCACUCGUGGAAGGACACUCUUGAUUACAGCGAAGGUACCAUGGAAAUGGCUGUACAGUAUGAAAAAUUUGUUAAUGAAUUUUUUUUGAACGUCAAGUGCCGCAUUCGGGAUCUUGGAGCUGGAGUAACUUUACAAACUUUCAAAAAGUGGGGUGACUUGGAACUGGCACUGAACUCAAAAUUUUCCCGCGCAAAAGACAACGUCCAUAAAGCACUAUGCGAUAACAUUGACACGAGGACUGUCUUAGACGUAAUUAGAGAUCUGAUUGGACACUGCAACGUUUAUGUAAAAGAUGCGAAAAAUCCUGACACACUUCUCUUGAGAGAUAUUGCAGUUUAUGUUACUAAAAUGCUGACUAUCUUUGGAGCAAUUAAAAAACAAGAGGGCAUUGGGUUCCCUAUUGAUAAUGAAGCUCUUGAUAUUGAACAAGUAGUGAUGCCUUACCUAGAAAUUUUAUCUACGUUCCGUGAAAAAAUCCGCGAUCAUGGUAAAGAAUUAAAAUCUUCUUUGAUCCUGAGCGAGUGCGACAAACUACGUGACGAAAUUCUUCCUAACGUGGGCGUCCGACUUGAAGAUGACAUGGAUUCGGGUAGGAGUAAAAUAAAAUUUGUUAAUAAAGAAGAGCUGCUUAAAGAGCGAGAACUUAAGCGCCGGUAUGAAGAAGAAAAACUUGCGGAGAAAGAGCGCAAGAAAGCUGAAAUUAAUCAAAAAGCGCUCGAGCGCGAGGAAUCUAAGAAAAUUUCUCCCAAGGAAAUGUUCAGGAGUCAGACUGACAAGUAUUCAAAGUUCGAUGACUCAGGAUUGCCGACUCAUGAUAAUUUGGGAAAGGAAUUGAGCAAAGGGCAGAUUAAAAAAUUACAAAAAUUACAACUCGCUCAGGAAAAAAAAUAUAAUGAAUAUUUGUCUAGUAAAUAGUUAUUUUUUUUCGUUACUGUAAUUAUUGAUUUUUUUUUUUGAUACUGAAAUAAAACCAAUUAAAGAUAAAA